AUUUAGUAAAGGGUAGUAAUUGAAAUGUGAGUCACCGGUUAAAAACUAACUGGGCUUUAACUAACUGCAUAUGAUGGAUUUUCGGAUCGAACGCCAUGUGGAGAAGCAGAGAACGAUUGUAUAAAUAUGGUAAUCAGUGGUGUUGAAUCAGAAGCUAUUCAAGAUACCGGUUCAGAUGAUGAUGUCAUUGAAGUUGUCAGAGAUGAGGCUCCGAUUGAAAUUCUAUCUGAUGGUGAAGAAUUUGGACUUGAAAGUAACAAAGAAACUCAACUUGCAACGUUUAACGAUAGUUUCCAUUUUACAUCAGUACCAUCAAUUGUAGACGUACAUAGUGAAUACAACGCUGACACUAAAGAAACCGUUGAAGACCCUCUAGAUAAUAAUGCUACUAGUAGUAAUGGUCAAGCAAAUAGUAUCGAUGAGCCACUGACACAGAUACCUGCUGUGUCUGAGAUCACUCAAGAAACUACAUCUGACUGUACUAACACAGAUCAACCGACUACGAAUCAAAAUAAUAAACAAGAUGAUAGUUUGAUUGUUCCGGAUAACUUGGCUACUAAUGACUCGGCUACUGUAGAAGACAACACAAAGUUAGCAACUCAGGAAAAUGUAACUAUUGAUAAAUCUAUAAUACUAGAGGCAGCAAAUGAUGAUGGUAGUGAUACUAAAAAUUAACUCCAUUUUAUAUUUUUGGCUUAACACUUUAUUUGUAUUCAAGGUGUUAUGUAAUUUCCUAGUACGCAUCUAGUUUGUAUUAGAAUGUUUUGUUAUUUUAAGAUUAUUGAUCUUCAGAUAUAAUUUAAGAAUAUUGAUUUCAUUGUAAUUGUAUAUCUAAACCAUUAAAAUAUUAUUGGCAAAUA